UUGGCAUAUUCCUUCAAUUAGCCCAACGAUCGUAAGUGUCACUCCCUCUCGAUCUACAUCUCUCUGCCACUCUCUCACACGAUUGAACAACCGAUCGAUGGAUUCCGACGCAGAUCAGAAGCAGGUUGUCGCUACAGAUCAGGAACUAAAUGCAGAGCUGUACAAAUCUCUGCUGAACGACAACGGGGAGGAGGUGAAGCGACUGUGUGAAACUCUUCCAGACCGCGCAAUGCACAUACUGACCAUUCACAACGACACAGUGCUCCACAAGGCUACUUACUCGAAACAAGAAUGCUUGGCUCGUGACCUUCUCCAAGCCUUGCGUCGAGAAGAUCUGGAGAAAAUGACUCGCAAAAACAAUUCCGGAAACACCAUCCUCCACGAGGCUUCUACUCUCGACAAAGCACAGGUCGCCAUGAUGAUGCUGGAGAAAGCUCCGGAUUUGUUAAAAAUAAAGAACGACCUCGGAGAAACUGCACUCUUUAGGGCAGCCCGCUACGGAAAGACUGAGUGUUUCAACUUUCUCGCAAGUCAGAUCUCAGAAACUAAAGAAGAGGAAGAGAUUUUUACUAAGAGGAAAGACAUGACCACUAUUCUUCACAUCGCCAUCCUUUCUCAGCACUUUGAUCUGGCCCUGCAAAUAGCUAGAGAAUUCAAACAUUUAAUUAAAGAAAAAGACGAAGCUGGGAUGACAGCUCUUCAGCACCUCUCAUGCAACCCUUCAGCUUUUGAGACUGAGCGUAGACGUGGAUUCCUGCAUAGAUUUUCCAAAUUCGUCAAAAUGUACUGCAGUUGGGGGGCCAGAGGCGAUAAAGUUGUAGAGGAAGGAGACGAUCAUUCAGCGUUGGAGCUUGCCAGAAUCUUAGUAAAACAAGAUAUCUCAUGGGUGUCUACUAGUUCUGUAACUGAUGUGAGUAAGCCAACACUGUAUAAAAAAUCUAGUACUACUCAGUCUGAUGUUUCAUCUCGGGACAAGGGAAGUGAUGAUCAGGGACUGGGAGGUUUGCUCUCUUCUAAAUCUAUACCAGACGAGUAUUUUCUAUAUUCAGAGAUUGGAGGAGGAGAACGGCUGGUUAACUGUAAUUCUGUACAACAAGAGAAAGAGGGAGGAAUUACACCAUUGUUUAUAGCAACUAAGUCAGGCUGCGUAGAGAUAGUGAGAGAAAUACUGGAAACAUACCCUCAGGCAGUUGAGCACAUCGACAAGCUCGGCCGGACUAUAUUGCACGUUGCUAUCAAGUACCGCCAGUUGGACAUUUUCAAGCUUGUGUUGGGAAUGGAAGUCCCCAUGAGGUGGCUGGUUCGAAGAUUUGACAACAAAGGGAAUUCCAUUCUACAUAUGGUUGGUAAAAAAAGAGCGGAUUAUGUACCUGAAAAGUUACGAGGCCCGGCACUUGAAUUGCAGGAGGAGUUGCUUUGGUUUGAGCGAGUUAAAUUAGUUACAAAAGCCCAAUUCAUUGAUCAUCGGAACAAUACGAAUGAGACGGCUGAAGGUUUAUUUGCUAGUACCAACAAAGAUCUCCGAAAUUCAGCCGGAGAAUGGCUAAAGCGCACAUCAGAAGGGUGCUCAAUUGUGGCAGUUCUCAUUGCAACAGUAGCCUUUGCUGCAGCCUACACAAUUCCGGGAGGUCCAAAUCAGAGUACUGGUUUUCCAGUGCUCCUCUAUCAACCUUUCUUUGUGGUUUUCACCGCGUCAGAUGUACUCUCCCUUGCAUGUGCUUUGACGUCUGUGGUUAUAUUUCUUUCGAUCCUCACGGCGCCAUUUCGUUUGGAUGACUUCAGGCAGUCUCUCCCAAACAAGCUGAUGGCAGGGUUUACAUUUCUGUUUCUCUCCGUUUCGAUGAUGAUGAUAGCAUUUGCAGCAACAAUCAUCCUCAUGAUACGUAGCAACGAAAGAUGGGAAAAAGUUUUGCUAUAUUCCCUUUCUUUCCUUCCAGUCGCCAUCUUUGCAUUAUCAUAUCUCCCCCUUUAUCUCUCUCUGUCAAGAACUUACAAGUACUUGUUCAAGAAAAUAAUGCAGGCAAUUCCUUUCAGUAAUCAGUUGGGAGUCCUCAUGUCUAAGUGCUCCAAUUUGUUCAGUAUCAGCAAUAAAGCCUCUGAUGAAGAGUCCAGCCCAGCUUCUACAACAAAUAGGCCGAAUACCUCACAAGCUGGAAUAGUCUAGAAUGUUUGUAGUUAAGUAUACGUGUCCCAUUCUGUUACACAGAAUAUUCUCCAUCAUUGUAUAUAAAUAUGUACUGUGUAAUGGCCACAGACAACGAGAAUCAUUUUCAUAGAA